GUUUACAAAAUAAAAUAUUAUUUUGUUUUUACACAAGAAAUUUAUAUAAAACUCAAUUAAUAUACUAGUUUUUGUACAGUUUGAAUUGAAUAUUUAAAUCCUUUUAUAUUUUGCGAUUGAAUGUUUACGAGUACAAAAAUAAAGACAACAUAAUGGAGUUCAGACAAAAUUUUAAUGUGAAUGUUUUACCAGCACAGCCCACUGGUAUACAAAGUACAGCAGGAGCGGUACCAGUAAGAAAUGAAAAAGGUGAAAUUUCUAUGAAAAAAGUGAAAGUCCAAAGGUAUAUAUCGGGGAAGAAACCAGAUUAUGCCCAAGGAGUAUCAUCAUCUGAGGAAUCUGACACUGAAGAUUUCAUAGAACAGCAGAGGCCAGAAAGAAGGCAUCAAAUUGCUCCAGUUAUAGGAAGAAAAGAGGAGCAACAGAGUGAAUCAGAAAAUGAAGUGGAUGAUCCUCGUCUACGUCGGUUACGUGUGGCUGCACAUUCACCGCCGCGCAGAUCGGAACACAAGCCGGAGAUUAUUGAUGCGGAGCCCGAGGUGGAAUCAGAGUCCAGCGCAGAGGAGGCACGGCACAGCUCCGAGAGUGAGGAUGAAUUGGACGAGGAAGAAAUUGAGAGAAGGAGACAGGCUGUUAAAGCCAAAUUAGCUGCACGGGAGGCUGAAAAAGAAGUGCUUGGCAGAGUUGAUGAUGAAGAGAUGCUGGAUGGAGAUAAGGAGGAGAGUGGAUCGUCAGACACAGAGUAUACUGACAGUGAAGAAGAUACAGGUCCUCGGGUGAAGCCAGUUUUCGUGCGGGCGUCAGAAAGAAUGACAGUUGCAGAGAGGGAACGCAAGAUGAAGCAACAGAAGAAAGAAGAGUCUGAAGCUAGGAAAGAGAAGGAGGAGAGAAGGAGAGAAGCUUUGAAACUAGUCGAGGAGACUAUCAGAUCGGAACAGAGGAGUACACAGUCGGACCAAAAAGAGGCGAAUAUAAACGACGUGUGCACUGAUGAUGAGAAUGACGAGUUGGAGUACGAGGCGUGGAAACUCAGGGAGAUGAAGCGGAUCAAACGUGACAAGGAGGAGAGAGAGGCUGCUGAAAAGGAGUUGCUGGCCAUAGAGCGUCUGAGGAAUAUGACGGAGGAGGAACGCAGGGUGGAGGCGCGACUCAACCCCAAGGUGGUCACGAACAAAUCCGUCAAGGGCAAAUACAAGUUCCUACAGAAGUAUUAUCACAGAGGUGCCUUUUACUUGGACAAAGAGGAUGAGGUGUUUAAACAGGACUUCUCUGGAGCCACACUGGAUGAUCACUUUGAUAAGACUGUUCUACCAAAGGUGAUGCAAGUCAAGAAGUUCGGUAGAUCAGGUCGUACGAAAUACACUCACCUGGUCGACCAAGAUACUACAGAGUUCGAUUCCGCCUGGAGUAACGAAGGUGCCGCGGCCAGACUCAACAACUUCAGGGGAGGCAUGAAACAAGUCUUCGACAGACCGUCGGCUAGGCGCUCGCAUAACGUGUGAAUAGUGUUAAGACUGGUGUAGAUAAUAAUAUAAGUUUAUAGUCUU